AUGACAGCGUGCUGCCUCGGCCACGGGACGCUCCGGCGGGAGCGGGGAAAAGCAAAGGGCGAGCGCCGCGACGGAGCAGCGCACCGCCACCCCGCCCGCCUCCGCGGCGGCCGACCCCGUCCCUCAGCCCGCCGCCGCCCGCCUGCCGCCGCUCCGCCCGCUCCCCUCGGCGCGCCCGGCUCCCCCAGGUCACCUCAGCCGGCCUGGCCCCGCUGCCCUCGCUUUCGCCCGGCUUCCCCCAGGUCACUUCAGCCCGCCCGGCCCCGCUCCCCGCUGCCGCGCCCUAGCCCGGCUCCGAGGGGCGCUGGGGCCGCCCGCACCUGCCUCCCAUGGCGCCCUCCUCAGCCCGCGCUGGCCUCUCCUCGCCGCCGGCAGCGUCCGCCCGGCGGGGGGCGGUGUCCCGCCCGCAGCUGCCUUGGCCGAGCCGGCUCCCAUCGCCGGGCAGGGCAGGGCAGGGCAGCGCAGUACGGCCGGGGGCAGCGGCUCUACGGCGCCUCGGGCGCGGGGCACCCCUCCAUAGCGUCGUCGUCGCCGUCGCCGUCGCCGUCGCCGUCGCCGCCGCCGUCGCCGUCGCCGUCGCCGCCGCCGCGAGGAGCACGAUCGCAGCCCCUCUGCUGCGGGAGGCAGCGCACCCGCCCCGGUCGGAUUGCGGGCGGGCGGGACGAGGCGCCGGCUCGGCCCAGGGGCGCACCGCCCGCCCCCCGCACCGCCCUCGCAGGCGGGCGGUGCUCGCCGCUCCCCGCCCGCGGCACAUGGCCGCGGGGCCGGGGGCUGCCGGUGGAGCGCAGGGCGGGGCCGGGGCCACCCGCUCGGGCCGUACCCGGGACGCGCGGUUUGGAGGGACACGGGCGCCGACGGAGCUGGGGUGCGGAGGCGGUGGCGCAGCACGCGGGCGGGCCCGCGCGGCGGGCGUGGUGCCGCCGGCGAGGCCAGGGACAGGCGGCCCGGCCGGCGCGGUGCCCGCCCAGCCCCGGCCUCCCCAGCCCCUGCGGCAGGUGCCUUCCGGCCCUCCGCGUGAUGGAGGUGCGGACACCGCGCCCCUCACCUUCGGUGGAGGCUGCCGGCAGCGCGGCGCAGGCGGGUGCCAGGUGUGCUGCUCCUGAGCUGCUGGGAGCGGCUGAACACCAUUCCCUGAUACUGCUUUCACUCAACGCUUUGAAAUCUGUUCUGCAACCCAGUUUAAGCUACACGAACAUGUUAAUUGCUGUGAAUGGAACAGCUGAGCAGAAAUAUGCUCUACUGACCUCUAAUUAA